AUGCCACCUAUAAUAGUAACCGAUUACACUUGGCGGCAAACAGCCGAAGAAAUAAUAAUAUCAGUGCCAAUUAGAGGUAGUCCCAAAGAUGUUAAUGUUUUUGCGAUUGACAACUACGUAAAAAUGAGCUACCCGCCUUUUAUACUGGAGUUAUUUUUAUGGAAAAGUAUAAUUGAGGAAGAAAGCCAGUGUACUUUGUCGGAAUCACAGGCUGUACUGAUCUUAAAAAAGAGCGAGAUAGAUACAGACUGGCCGAGUCUUAUUGAAAAUAAUUUAAGUAAAGAACAAAAACGCGAGUAUCGAAAUCAAGCUCUGGAACAUGCUCGUCUGUCGGCUGAAAAACGUCAAAAUGAGAAAAAAACAAAAUAUCGAGAACUGGAUCGACAAGCAGUGAAGGAACAAAUAAAACUCGAGUCGAAGGUGCACAAUAAAAUUCAAGAGGUUCGAGACUCUCAUAGAAGAGAAGCCAUGGAUGAGUUUGAAAAUUGGCGGAAAAAUGCAGAGAAACCAAUUCUUUGUAAUGAGAAAGCAGUACUACAAGAAAACAGGAAGUCUUACAAAGCUCCACUUAAGUGGUUCAAAAGCGAAUCUGAUGAUCCCCGGUCGACUGAAUCCCAAUCUCCGAAAGCAAUAGAAACUGUUGAUAAUGAAACCGAAGAAGAAACUGCUCCAGCUGCUGAAGAAAUAAAAUCUUUUGGUGCUUCCCUGGGAUCCCCUUCAACUGAGAGGUCACCGAGUCCAUUAGUACAAUCAGUCAUGCAAAGUAGUAUCCUUGAUACGUCUUACAGAGAGCGAGAAGCUGAUACUAAACGAGGAAAAGAAAUUAUCGAUAAACUUCUAACUGGGAACUAUCGUAUUAGUAAUAAAAAAAACAUCUUUGACAAGACUGACGUAAGUAUUCCUGCUCCGAGGCAAUCUGGUAGGAUCACUGUAACAUUCUCGGAACGUGUGUUUCCAACUCCCGCUAGAGAAAGUUAUCACUUACAAGAAAAAGAAUGGCUUGAAAAACAAGCUGAAGCACGAAGGAAAUUUGGAUUUGCUUCUGAAGAUUUAAGACCUGAAGAACAAAACCCGCAGUGGCUUAAAGAUAAAGGAGACGAAUUCUUCAAGGUCGGCAACUAUUUAGCGGCAAUAAGUGCAUACACUCAUGGUAUUAAACUAAGUGACAAGAUGGCAACCCGGUGUCAUGCACGUUUUGGUGCGGCCCUCUGUAAAUUAUCGGCACCUCAGCACGGGAUUCCAGAAUUAGAGGCAGCCCUUAAAUUAUCUCCCGACAACGAUACUAUUAAGCGUGAUUUAGAAGUGGCAAGAAAAUUCUUUGAACUCGCCAAUUAA